AGAGAGAGGGUGGGGAGAGAGAGGUGACUGUAGAGUGAUGGGACCCGGCUGAGGGAACAGCAGCGAGUGAUCACUCUCCGAGCUGGUAAUGACAGCAGGUAGACAGGUGUGAAGGAUGACUUCUUGCUCAGAGAUCUGUGGGUCGGAGUAUGGUGAGCAAGCCCAAGCCAGCGGAAACUGCCAACAGUAUGGAGUCCGGUCUUACCUACACCAGUUUUACGAAGAGUGCACAGCUUCUAUCUGGGAACGUGAUGAAGAUUUUCAGAUUCAGAGAUCGCCUAGCAGGUGGAGCUCUUUACUCUGGAAGGUCUGUCUCGCGUUCGGAUCCCUGAUCUUGUUUGCGGGCCUUAUUGUUGUUUUGGUCGGAUAUGCCACUCCAACUAGGACCGAGGCAUUUGGAGAGGAUGAUCUCCUUUUUGUUGACAGCCACGCCGUCAGUUUUAACCAUGCUCUGGAUGUUUGUAAGCUGACCGGUGCCGUGUUGUUCUGCGUUGGAGGAACCUCCAUGGCUGUGGGUCUCCUGCUAUCUGCCUUUGCCAAAAGCUACUCCAAAGAAGAACUGUACCUGCAGCAGAAGUUCAAAGAGAGGUUGGCAGAUCUGCACGCGACAGUUGGUACCCCCAUCAUGAAACCACCGACCCCUGGAGAGGGAAGGGUGCCAGUCACGCUUUCCAAAGUCCAGAACAUCCAGCCAGCGAAAACAAAGUCGGAGACCUGACAGAAGAUCAAAUGAAGGCAUAAAGUGAAGAAGUGCGUGUGAUGACUGUGUAAGAGUGCAAAUAAGUGUGUGUCUGUGUGUGUGUGUGUGUGUGUGUGUGUGUGUGUGUGUGUGUGUGUGUGUGUGUGUGUGUGUGUGUGUGUGUGUGUGUGUGUUUGAGUAGAACUAUGCGUACAUUUUCUCUUUUCAAAGGUCAGCUUACAUGACUGAUAGUAUUUGCUCUUCAUCUUCAUUUGCUAUGUUUGACAGUAGAGUUUGAUUGACGGUUAGAUGGGAGCAGAGUUUAGUAUAGCUGAGCAAAGUUUAAGCCUUUUGUUUUUUCUACAGCAGUUAUAUGCAAUUCAUAGUGAUCUGACAAAGCACAUGCAGGUCUCGAGCCCUACCCAGAAAAUAAACCACAGAAAGAAAUCAAUAGAACACAGCCACUGAACAACAACAACAUCAUUUCUUCCACCAAGCAUGUUUCUGUGGAGAGGAUUCACAUUUUUGUGAAAGAGAAUGGUGUUACUGCUGGAGGGUAUCGAGCAGCAGAUGCUGCGUUGUUUGAAGUAUUUUGUGAUCGGACCCCCAUUACAAGAAAAUGAUCAAAAGAAGACCUCAACACAACAACCAUUAUCUCUGCUAGUGUUUAAAAGGACAUCAGAGGGAGCUUUUCUGAGUGAACAUGCUUUGUGUGUACAUGUACACAUGCUGUUUAUGCAGCAUAACUUCAUUACCACAGUUAGUAAGAGCUGUCAAUCACAAACACACACUAUGAGGAUAUGUGCUUCAGCUGAAUACUUAUUUAAAGUUAUGUUUGUGUGCAAAUCGAGCCAAGUCUUAACAGAUAAUUUGACAGAACAUCAGCAGAGCAGACAAGAGAUCAACACAGAUUGGAACAGACCUCCAAGGCAGAUUUCAACUUAAGCCGCCUUUUUUCUGUCUUAUUAGGCCUCUGACCUUGUCUCCUUCAGUGAAUCUUCAGAGGGGAUCGAUAGGCAAGACAAGAAAGAUUGAUGAAAGGUGAACCAGACAGAAGAGGCAGAACUACAUAGUCUGUCACUUAACAAAAUAGUAUAUCAGCUAGAAUAUGUCUUUCCAGAUAACCAAUUAAAACAAGGUAUACUGACCAAUUUGAAGUAUAAUUCCUUAUUAAUGUACUAAAAGUGUGCUAUUUUCAAUACUAACAAUGUUCUUACUAUGCUAAUUAAUUAUUGUUGGCAAAUGUAAACUUAAACACAAUUAAGUGUUGUAUAUAGGAAAUUACUUUACAGAAUUAUUAAAAAUGUGCAAUUGUGUAUAUAUUUAUCCAAAUGCUGUUUGAUUAUAGAACAGUCAAGUACUUUCAAGAGUAUAUUUAUAAGUCCUAGAGGUAAAACAAUAAGUAUACUAAGUACAUUGUUAGUACAUCAAACAUAGCACAUUGUUCUUGUGUAUAUUGAAGGAGACUAAGUAUUUUUAAAUGAGAAGUACCUAAUAUUCUUUAAACUUGGUUUUUCAAAUAAUAAUAUACCUUCUAUCUCUGAUGUUUUCCUAAACACCCAUGCUCCUCCUGUAUUUGUUUCCUUCUCUCACUGUAACAAACACAAGCAUGUAGACACAUGCCUAUCCAUCCAAGCGUGCACAAACGUGCAGGGAAAGGUAAAUUUGGCAAAUAAAAAAAGAAGACGCAGGUGGUGGGUGUUAAAAUGAAGACAAAGAAAGGGCCCACCAAGCGAAACAAACAACGUGACAGAUUAUGUAAGAUAACGAAGAGAGAGAGAGAGAGAGAGAGAGAGAGAGAGAGAGAGAGCAUGCAGUUCUCCAGUGAGUCACAUCAGCUACUUUGUGUUUAGCAGCGCUCUCUGUUUACAGCCUGUCUAGGUUCACAGAUGCUCUCCACACAAUAACUGCCUUCCUGCUCUCACACACAAAACUUGAAGCUACAUCAUGAAGUAUGCUGAACAGCACCCAGUACGUGUGUCUCAUGGUUGCAUAUUCAGUUGGGUACUAUCUUAGAGACAGAAGUUAAAUUAAAAAGGUUUAUUUAUUUUAUUUUUGAAUUCUAUAAAAACUCUGCGCUCACACACGCUGUGACUUUAACUAACAAGCACAAUAACCUGCUGAUGUGCAUGAUUUUUUUAACUUUGUCUAUUUUAAAUUUAUAUUUUAAAUAUUGUGACCAUGCCAUUUUAAAUUGUUCAAUUUGUGGUUGCUCCUUGUUUGUUGGUUGUGCAUCCAAUGCACAAAGACACAAGUUGUGUGGUCAAAAUGCAGCAUUUAUUUUGUACUGUUAGAAAACAUGUUUUGUGGUAGAGACAGUCCAAGUGCCAUCAAGCUACACGCCUCAUUCUGUGCUUCAACGCUGCAGGGCUUUCCAAACUCUUCAGAAUGAUGCAGCAACAAUGCCAGAAACACCCUGUAUAAAGUAAUAUAUGUUUAUUCAUAGACAUAUAUAAUAGAAGCUUUAGCAUCCAUUGCUCUGCUGGCUACCUAUGUUCAUGUAAAUUGACCUUUUAAUAUCCCACAGCCUUCAUUCCAUUAUUUGAUGACAUUUUAACAUAUUUUGGUCUCAGAAACAACACACGUGUAGCUAUAACUAUGAAUACAGAUAUACUUAUAGGUUAGACAUGUGGAAGGAAUAUUACGCAACCACUGUUAAUCUGCAAAUACAGUA